UCUUAAAAUUGUCUCAAUAAUUUUGACUUGAGAAAAAAGGAAUUUCAAGGAAAAAAAAACCUAUUUCAUUAACAAUGAAAUAAUCCAGCACAGAUCUUAUCUCCACCAAACCCUAUUUGCAAAGGGUUUUUGCUUUUUAAACCUCAAAUUUGUUUUUUUGCCCUUUCUCUUUUAAUUCCUUUCUUUCAUUCCUUUUUUCGAUCUUAAAAAAUAAACGUCAGAUCGAAGAUUCAGUUAAAUUAUCAAGUUUUUUUCCUGGGUUUUCCAUAUUGAGUAGUAAUUUUGAAUUGUUGAUAAAAUGGAUGCUUCUGAGAAUCUUAAGCGAUUUGGCGAUACUUCUUCAGGAGAUGCAGUAUUUGAUGCAUCACAGUAUGCAUUUUUUGGAAAAGAUGUUCUUGAGGAAGUUGAAUUGGGGGGAUUAGAUGAUGAGGAGGAUGUACCUGCAGUCGGACUUGAGGAUGAGGAGGAGUUUUUGUUUGAUAGAGAUGAGGGUGAAGUUUUGAGAUCCUUAUCGGAUGUUGAUGAUCUUACUAAUACAUUUUCAAAGUUGAACACAGCCAUUAGUGGACCAAGAGGCUCAAGGAUAAUUGGUGAUGGGGGGUCCAGACAAAGUUCAUCUGCUGCCGAAUGGACACAUGGGGAGGAAUUUCCUCACUGGCUUGAUCAGCAGCCUCUUGAAACUGAAAGUAUUCCUGAUGGCAAAUGCUGGUCAUCACAACCAUUGGCCAAUUUGGAUGCAAAGCAUCUCUACAGGACAUCCUCGUACCCUGAGCAGCAGCAGCAGCAGCAGCAACUACAACAACAACAACAGUACCACCAACAUUUCUCUAGUGAACCAAUUUUAGUUCCAAAAUCUUCUUAUAUUUCUUACCCUCCCCCCGAUGGCAGAUCUCCUCAGGCGUCACCAAACCAACAUUCUGGACACCUAAAUAUUCCUUAUAUGGCUGGUGGACCACAGAUGGCAUCUUCACCCAACCUCUCUGGCUUCCCAAAUUCUCAGCUUCAACUGCCAGGCUUACACCAUGGGCCAAAUUAUCGUGGGAAUAUGCCUCAAUUUGCUCCUGGUCUGUCUGUCAGUAGUCAGCCGUCAAAUCAAUGGGGGAGCAGGCCAAAACUGUAUGGAGAUAAUUCCAGUGUUUUGAACAAUAUGUUGCAACAACAGUUAACUCAUCAAAAUGGUUUGAUUCCACCACAGUUAAUGCCACAGCUGCAGUCGCACCAGCAGAGACUGCAGCAUCCUGUUCAGCCUUCAUUUAGCCACUUUUCUGGGAUUCAGUCACAACAAUUUAAUCCUCAUCUUUCUCCGUCCCCACCUGUAAUGAACAAGGUUGAAGCUAUACUUGGUAUUGGUGAUCUGAGAGAUCAAAGAGCCAAAUCAGCUCAGAAAGGUAGGCAGAGUCUACGAGGCUUUGAUAGUGGGGCACUGAAGAGUGAUUUUGGAUGGCCUCAGUUUACAUCCAAAUACAUGUCAACCGAUGAGAUUGAGGGCAUUCUUAGAAUGCAGCUUGUUGCAACCCACAGUAAUGACCCCUACGUGGAUGAUUAUUACCACCAGGCUUGUCUUGCAAGAAAAUCUGCUGGGGCGAAGUUGAGACAUCAUUUUUGUCCAACUCAUCUUAGGGAUCUUCCUCCCCGAGCACGUGCGAAUACUGAGCCUCAUGCUUUUCUCCAGGUUGAUGCUCUUGGGAGGCUUCCUUUCUCUUCAAUUCGCAGGCCUCGCCCUCUUCUUGAAGUUGACCCUCCAAAUUCAUCUGCUGUCACCAACAAUGAUCAGAAAGCGUCUGAUAUUCCGCUGGAGGAGGAACCUAUGCUUGCUGCUAGAGUUACUAUAGAGGAUGGUCUAUGCCUUCUUCUUGAUGUAGAUGAUAUUGAUAGGUUUUUACAGUUUAAUCAGUUGCAGGAUGGUGGAGCUCAGAUGAGACAAAGACGACAGGUUUUGUUGGAAGGGCUUGGUGCAUUGCUUCAGUUGGUUGACCCACUUGGCAAGAGUGGUAACACAGAUGAGCUUGCUCAGAAGGAUGAUCUUGUGUUUUUACGGAUAGUUUCCCUCCCCAAAGGCCGGAAGCUUCUUGCACGGUUCCUUCAGCUUCUUCCUCCAGGUGGUGAGCUUAUGCGCAUUGUCUGCAUGUCCAUUUUCCGUCAUUUAAGGUUCUUGUUCGGAGGCCUUCCCUCUGAUCCAGGAGCAGCUGAAACCACUAUUAACCUUGCAAGGGUUGUUUCCUCUUGUGUUCAUAGCAUGGAUCUUCGUGCACUUAGUGUCUGUCUUGCAUCUGUGGUUUGUUCCUCUGAGCAGCCCCCGCUUCGUCCCCUUGGAAGUCCUGCUGGAGAUGGAGCAUCUUUUAUUCUUAAGUCUGUUCUUGAUAGGGCAACAAAGCUCAUGACUGAUUCUAGAGCUGCGGGCAAUUAUAAUACGACUAAUCUGUCCCUUUGGAAGGCCUCGUUUGAUGAAUUCUUUAACCUUCUUACCAAGUAUUGCAUAAACAAAUACGACACUGUGAUGCAGUCCUUGCGAAUGCAGGCCAAACCAAAUAUGGCAAUUGAUGAAUCAGAUUCAGCCAAAGCUAUUAAAAGAGAAAUGCCGGUUGAUCUCUUACAGGCAUGUUUACCCCACCUUAAUGACCAGCAGAAAAAGCAGCUUUUGGAUCUCUCUCAACGGCCUAUGCUUGUAGGGCAGUCAUGAUAGAUAAGCAGUACCUAGGAGAAGUUAAAAUCCAAACGUGUCCAAGAAGGCGACUUUGUGAAGUACACAAUGGCGCAAGUGAAUGCCAUGUGCUGAAAGGAAUUCAAUUAGCCAUACCGUUUUACAUGAUAUGUCUAUAAUGGAGCACAGACAAUGGUUCAGGUGAAGUUCCAAAGAUACUUUUUAAAGUAAAGGUCAAUUUCCUUUGAGAUUUUAGUUUUAUUACUUGUGUUUUUAUGCCUUUUUUAUUAUUAUGAAAAAACAUUGAAGUGGGCCUAUGUGUAUCAUGAUAGAAACUUGCUAGAAAUUUUUUCUUUCCUUGGGUCCUUACCAUAUAGAUUGGAGCUUAUUUUGAUGCUCUGUUGUGAAAUUUGUGGUAUGGGGAUGUUAGUUGGUUAGCAUGUACAGGGUUCAAUACAGAUAUCCCGUAUCUUGAGUAUUAUUUCCCAAAGGCGGGAUGGAUGUCUCUCUCGGAAUAGUCGUCACCGUGCAAUGUGGAAGACACCGAUUAAUAGGCAAUGCAGAUCGAUGUUGUUGGUUGUAGCUUUACAGGAGGGAAGUAUGAGUAUCAUAGUUUUGCCUGCUGAGCUAAAAUGGUCAGUUUAGCUCUCAUAAUGGUGACCUUGAAGCUUUUGUUUUGAUCCUGCGAAUUUAUUGUUUGUAAUCCUUCCACCCCCCUCUCAUUUUAUUAAAGAGAAGACUGUUUAUAUAUUAAUGCUGCAUUUUGAUA